GACCAAUCUCAAAAUUUCCGUCGACCACCAUCCAUCUAGACAACCUCAGCCUCAAACGGACGGCAACUCGCCGUGCCACAUCGCACAUCAUCGCAGGGACCCAAUGUAGCCCUUCAUCGCUCGCCAUGGCCCCCAAGUACAUUGACGCCAAGGUCCGGCCGCUAGCCAACAAUACGGGCCUCGAAAAGGCGAGCCUCCAGGGCGCCGCUCGCGUCUAUGUCACCAAGGACGCCUUCCUCUCCCUCACGUCCAGCAGCCUCGACAGCCGCGUAUGCCUCGUCGAGAAGCUUGCCGCGCCUCCAAGCUCUGCCCCUGCCACCGCUGUGGGCGCCAUUGCGGGCGAUGAUGAGGGAAGCGCGCCGCCACCGACAAGGCGGGAGGCUCUGCUGUGCCCGCACCCGCAGGGCAUGAGCCCCAACGUCGUCCAGAUGACGCGCGCAUUCAUUGAGGCGUCCGGUUUCAAGCUCGGAGAUCCGGUGAGGAUCAUGCUGGCCGAGAACCCUGCCGCGGCAGACGGCGAGGAGGUCGUCGUCGAGGAUGCGUCCACGGACGAGGACAAGUUGACGGCCGAGGCGAGACAGUUGCCCAUUUGGAAGUCAUCUUGGGAACUCUCCCUUGCCGUGUCCAUGAGUCGCGCGGAACAAGUAUUCCCUGGCAUGGUGUUCGAGGGAGUCGGCGUCAACAAGUUUCGCCGUACUUUCAAGGUCCUGUCAGUCAACUCACAGACCAGCAACCUCGCAAGAUUCCGGCUUGCCUCCACCGCUGUGCGCAUCGUUCAGCCCGGCGAAUCUCUGAUUGCUGAGCCCUCCCCCGCCGCGCCAGGAGGUGACCUGGUCGUCACGGGAGUGCCCGGUUUGACUUGGCAGGUCAGCACGCUCAAUGAGUUCCUCUGCGGCUUUACCCGGCCGUUCUGGAUACGAGACGAGCGCGAGUCGUGUGGCAUCGUCAUCCACGGCGGCCGUGGCACCGGCAAGACAUUCAUCCUGCGGCGCAUCGAGGAGACCAACUGGGGCCGCACCCACUGGAUCAAGCCCUCGGACAAGCUAUCGACGCUACGCGAGACGUUCAAGCAGGCGUACGCCUCCCAGCCGAGCGUCAUUUUCAUUGACGGCCUCGACAAAAUAACCGCCAAGGACAGGGCCAACCGCGAGUCUGUAAUAGAGACUCUUGGCGAGGAGCUCGACGCCCUGUCCGCUUACGCGCACUCCAACGGCGCCCUGCCGCAGGUCGUCGUCGUCGCCACGUGCCAGGACUGGAUGGCUGAUGUUCCCGAGCCGCUCCAGAAGCGCUCCCGUUUCUUCGAGAACAUUGCGCUGCCCAUUCCGCGCGCCUCUGAGCGCCUCGAGAUCCUUCACUUCCUUGACCCGCCGCUCCGCGCAGACGAAAAGGACCAAUGCCUGCUUAGCAUCUCGCAGAAGACGCACGCUUACAAUGGCGAUGACCUCGCCAAACUCAUUCUCAAGGCCAGAAGGAUUCUUGGCACGCGGCUUGACAGGGAGCAAGCCCGGUCAAGUCACCAUGACGAAUCGGGCAACGGCACUAUCUCCUCGGACGCAGGUACAGAGAAGAAUGAAGGGCAAAAGGAGCACUACCUCACGCCAGACGACAUGGAGGCGGCCCUGCGCGUUACCCGCCCAACGGCCAUGCACGACAUCAACCUCAAGCCCCCGACCAUCCACUGGCAAGACGUAGGUGGGCAGGAAUCCCUCAAGCGCGUGUUGAGGCGCAUGAUCAAGAUCACCAAGAACUGGAACCCGGCGACGGCUCGCGUCGUGCGCCAUCCGCCCAAGGGCCUACUCCUCUACGGGCCCCCCGGCUGUUCCAAGACGCUCUCAGCGCAGGCCAUGGCCACCGAGUCGGGCUUCAACUUCUUCGCCGUCAAGGGCGCCGAGCUGCUCAACAUGUACGUUGGCGAGUCGGAGCGUGCCGUCCGCACCCUCUUCGAGCGCGCCCGGGCCGCGAGCCCAUCCAUCAUCUUCUUCGACGAGAUCGACUCCAUCGGCGGGCAGCGCGCCGGCGGCGGCGGCGGCAGCGGUUCAUCGUCCACCGGCUCCCGUAGCACCGGCGCCGUGAACAUGCUCACCACGCUGCUCACCGAGAUGGACGGCUUCGAGUCCCUCACGGGCGUCCUCAUCCUCGCCGCCACCAACCGGCCCGAGGCCAUCGAUCCGGCCCUCCUCCGCCCGGGCCGCUUCGAUCAGGCCCUCUACGUCGGCGUCCCCGAUCGCGCCGCUCGCGAGGCCAUCUUCGGCGUCCACCUCCACGGCCUGUCCCUCGCCGCGGACGUCGACGUCCCUGCGCUCGCACGCCUCGCCGACGGCUACUCGGGCGCCGAGAUCAAGGCCAUCUGCAAUGAGGCCGGUCUCGCGGCCCUAGACCGCUUCGAAGACGAUGACGAGGCUCGGGAGCAGCAGCAGCAGCAGGAGGAGGGGGCGGAGGAUGACGGGAGGGGUGCCCCGGCCCGGUUGGAGAUUGGCAUGGCGGACCUGGUGGCCGCCAUUGAUAGGACGCCGCGGAACAUCACCGCCGCGAUGGUGGAGGGCUACGAGGAGUGGAGGAUGCAGUUUGAGAGGCGGAUGUAAAAUAUAACGAAUAGAGCGAAGAGUCUGUAGAUGAAGGCGCAUCAUCAGGCAUAAUGCUGGCGCCCAAGCAGACAAACAGCUCAUUAUAGACACAGCCACGGGGAGCACACAAAGACCCUCAAUGGCUUGUCAUCGCUGC